AUGGCGGUAUCGAACACAAUUGGCAGCAACGUAUUCGAUGUCCUGAUUGGCCUGGCGUUCCCAUGGUUCCUCAAAACUGCCAUGAUACAUGCAGGAUCUAUGGUACACAUCAACAGCAACGGCCUGGUGUUUGCAGUAGUGCUGCUAUUCCUCACUGUUAUAGUUACGAUAGCAGCUAUACACUUUGUAGGAUGGGUGCUCAACAAGAAACUAGGGAUUAUCUGCAUCUGCGUUUACUGUCUUUUUCUCACCUUUGCCAUAAUGAUAGAAUUCAACGUUUUUGGUUACGUCAACCCGCCGACGUGCACAGAAUGAUAAACACAGAAGUGACUUUCCACAACAGCCAGAAGAACUGCACCGAUGUCUGGACCGUUUUGUACAUUC